AUGGCCUUGGAAGCUGAUGUCACCGUUGAAGCCCACAACACACCCAAUGAGACAGGCACGCCCAUCAUGGCCCAUCCACCUGAUGUCUACAGUGAUAACACUCUUCAGGAAUGGCUGGAGGCAGUCCUUAAGUCAUCCAAUAAAGGUAUGUUGGUUGAAAGGAGACGUGCCAAUUGAAGUGGAUAGGGAAGGGAAUUAUAAGCUUCAAGCCAAUAAUUAUAAGCUUCAAGCCAAUAAUUGGUAUUGGGUUUGUUUUUACUCAAAUUGUUUCAUCUGAAAAGUAUAAUUUUUUGUGGGGGAUAAAUUACUUUAUUUAACUAUAUUUAUUGUUGUCAGCCUUAUGAUCUUGCCAUAUGUCACAUGCAUGGAAAUGGCUGAGACGGUGCAUAACGGCCCAUUUUUAAUGUGGAUGUGAGACUGUACACCACUGAGAUCUUAUAUCCAGUACUUUACAUUUGUGCUGAAAGCAUCUUCCAGGAAGGGGGAGGAAGUUAUGUAUAAAAGAGGCCCUGGGUAGCUUCCCUGAGAGCAGUCCAAGCAGAGUAGGAGUAUUUUGAGCUUGGAUGUAGCAGCAUAAUUUAUUACUGGGUCGAAACACCUCAAAAAGACCAUGCACCCAUUGACCACGGCAGGAAAACAAGCAAAGAACUUGAAAUGUAGAGGGUGAUUUCCUUUCAAGUCUGAGCAACUUGCAAUCAGGAAUGAAGGUUCCAUUGUUUAUUUAAUUUAUAGCUUGCAUUUUGUUUACCCCACUUCCUGCUCAAUAAUGAAGCAACUUACAGGUCACUUCCAGGUGGAAACUUAUUGAGCAGUUAUCCUGAUUUGUUUUCACAAAAUUUGUGCAGAAGUCUUAUGCUGUCACCAACACGCCCCCUACCCAGUGAUUAUUAUUAUCCUACACUUUUUGUGGACUACUAUCUGUUUUUUGUUUUGUUUUGGAGGGGAGGGGAGUAGAUUUGUUGCACCAGAGCUCUACUUGGUCAUUGCUAUUUAUUGUGAUGCGCCCGUUUUCUUUGUAGAAAGUUAGGAAAGUAUGUUCUCAAAGGCUGCCUACCUGACUGUGGGAGAGAUCCACACAAAGGGUGACUUGUGCCCACAGCAGACCUCUUCAUGUGUUGCCUCCAUCCAUCCAUUCUAGAACAAAGCAGGGUUAGUUGAGUUAGAGGCACUAACUGAACCUGAUGGAUUUCACAGGAGUUUCUUCCUUUUCCAAUUAGCCAUCAAGCUGGAUUUCAAAAGCAUCAAAGCUGUUGGCCCAUCUCUGGAUAUAUUAGUAAAAACCUCCUCUCAAAUGAAUAUCCACAGACCUGUGUGGCUAAAUGCAGACAUUCUGAGAGGCCCAAAUGUACCUAUUAAUAUUGCAGUCAACGCAAGCCGGUGAGUAAAAUGAACUUCUAUUAUAUUUGUAUCAGGAUGCAUUUUCUAUCCUGGGGUGGAGCAUCUGUAUCCAGAAGUACCUGUCUACAGUUCUAUCACACACUAACAUUUGACACAUGGUAGGAGUCGAGUCAAAUCAAAACCUGUUACUUUCUCCUAAGCCUCCACUUGUGUAAAGCAUGUGCAUACAGGGGACCCUGUGAAAAGCAGCUGGAGGAGAAGGGGACAAAGGCUGGAGAAAGAACUAUGAGAGGAGAGGUGCCCUUUUCAUAGCCUUGGGACCCCCUUUUAUAUAUUAACUGUGUAUUUUUGUAAUAUUUGCUGUUUUAAGUUAUCUGUUGCUUUAGUUUUCUGUAUACUCCUUAGAGGGUAUGUGUGUGUGUGUGUGUGUGUAUAUAUAUAUAUAUAUAUAUAUAUAUAUAUAUAUAUAUAUGAAUGAAAUGGUGUAAAUAAACUGUCCCAGAUAGUCAAAUUCAGCCCCAUAUUUGCUCAAGAGGGGUCACCUGUGGGCAAAUGUAGUACAAGGUGUACUCAGUAGUCCCACUGCACUAAAAUGCAUUGCAAGACAUCAGAAAAAUAUGGAUCAAUUGCUGCAGAUAGCUUAGGAACCCAAUAACCCCACAACCAUCUAUUCUCUGCAUAUGUGGCAUAAAUUCUCCUCUGAGGCAGACCCAACUUAAUCUGCAAUGGAGCCAACAUUUUCCAUCUGAAAAGCUUCCAAAUCAUCCCACAGUCUCUAUAGUCUUCUUCUAGCACAAGACUUCACUGAGCCAAUUUUGCAACGACACAAUUGUUGAUAAAUGCCAAGUGUCUACUCGAUUGUGUCAAAUGGCCAAGUUGGCUUGUGCCUUGAGACAAUCUCUUAAUCACCACUAAGCCAAGCAGGGUUUCCUUCUAGAUUUUAGACUGUGUUUUGCAGGCUAGUAGCGUCUCAGCUUGUAUUGGCAAAAGAUGGCAGAUCAGAAAAUACAGAUAUCUGUAAUAAGGGAAGGAUUUGGGAUCAGGAUUAUGGGAUGCUAGAAGCCGGGUAUGAAGGUUACUGGGGGCAGAUCAAGUCCCAGAGUCAUUAGUUGCCAGAGUCAUUAGAGAGGCUUUCUAAAUAGGCUCUGAGUCUUGGCUAUCCUUGUGUGAAGAGAAACUAGAAUGGCUUUAGAUGUCUGCAGUUGCAGCUAUAUUGUUGUUGUUUGUCCUCAGAUUCCUCUCACUCAUCCAGGAGAAGUUCCCAGACUGCACUCUCUCCCCAGGAUGGUCAACCCUCUAUUUACCUUUCUUUCCAAACAAGACCUACACACAGAAAAUGGUUGAGGACAUGCAUAGCCUCGUAGGGAACCUGCCUCAGCGAAUCACCUUCCCUAUAAGAGCCGUCAUGGCAAGACCAGCCUGGCCUCAUUUGAGCUGGCUUCUCAGCCAGUCUGACAGGUAAGAGAUUUACAGCACACUUAUUGUUUAUCUCCACUGCAACACACAGAGAUUAAUUCAGAAAUCUUGGUUUACUCGCGCACUAGAAACUUGCAAACUGUAUGCAAUAGAUCAGAUUAAAACAGAACUGCUAAUAUUAGAAUGAAUUUACAUAUUCCCAGUCACAAAACAUUCCAACCACCUUUCAAAAAGUGCUGUCUUGGGAACAAAGAAGGCAUUGCCCGCAAGGUACAACACUGAUCUCCCUACAGUGCAACACAAGGACACAGCCAGAUUAAUCACAGCAAAAUGGGAGUAGGGGAAAGAGGAAGUGGUUGCUAAGCACUCAGGAUGCUUGAGGAAUUUGAUCUUUGGGGAUUCUGAUCCUAACUGCCCUGCUGGGUUACAUCUCUUGGACUGAUGUGCAGAUUGGAACAUUAUUAUCCUUCAGAGCUGCAUCCCUGUAGGCAUAUCCUACUGAAUCAUUUCUGUAGUGAGACAUCACCUGUACUUUGGAAUGCCUUGUCAGUUGAUAUUAAGCAGGUGUCAUGACUGUAUCCUUUAGAUGCCUGCUGAAAAUGUUUCUCUUUUGGUGGGUCAGCUUGUGAUUUGGUUACAUCUGUUCUUAAAUUUGUGUUAGAUGUUUUAUUGUCUUCAGAUGUUUUUAACAGUUUUUUAAAUAACUAUCACAGAAGUGUUUGCUGCCCUGGGCUCCUUUGGGAGGAGGAAUAUAAAUUUAAUAAAAUAUAUACUAAUCAGACUUUUCUGAAUUUUGCAGUACUGUUCUUGGCUCCCCAUUACAUUCUAUGCCAUUUCCUCAAAUCAAACCACACACCCCAAUGCCUCUCAGGUAUCAAGUCAAUUGCAGCCUAAUCAUGGAUCUCCCACAUAACGUAUAGUUUGGACCUUAGCGCUGAAUGAUUUCCUGUUUAACAUCCUAGACUACACAGCUUCCAAAAACUUCCUGUACCCCCCAAAUGAUUUCUCUUCCUAGGUACAGCCUGACUCUCUGGCAAGGGAAGACUGAUCCAGUUACAGUGGAUGAUCUCCUCUUUAUCCGAAAGAAUAGCCAACCUGAACAAAUCUAUUACGACCUUUUUGAACCUGUGUUGACUCAGUUCCGAGACUUGGCAUGUGAGUAUUAAAUUUUACUUUUGAAAAUACACUAAGAUACAGGCAAAAUUCAAGGGUAUGAAAUAUUUGCAUAUCAUACAGCCACAGCCACACACACACCUCUUCUAAGCAACCAAUUCAGCAGGCUUGUAAAUAGGCACUUGCCUAGUUUCCUGCACUGACUCAUAUUCUAACAACCAUUUUAGACAACAAAUGACUAAGGCUGACCAUGGUGAUGCUGGCUAGGGUUUAUGGGAACUGUAGGUCCUACCUGGCCAGGAAGAGAAUCCGGGAUCCUCUGCGUCCAAAUCAGAUGUUCUACCACUGAGCUGUGACCCUUACCUACCAGGGAUGGGAACCUGUGGCCCUCUAGGUGUUGUCUGACUGCAACUCCCAACAGCCCCUGCCCGUGUGGCCAAUGGGCCAUCCAAGAACAUAUGAAGGACUUGUUUUAUAGUAUAAAAGUCAUUUGUGUUUGUUUUCAUGAACAAAUAUUUCAACUCCCUGUUGUUUCAGUUGAGACUAAGCACCAAGAAUCAGGGCAACCUCAUCCAAGUCCCGCUCUUUGUUAUACAUCUGAUAUGCGCUGAUCCAGCAAAGUUUCGAGUUUUUCAUUUAAUUCUGAGAGCAGUAACAUUUCCCCUCUGGGCUCAUUGGCCAAUUGAAGAGCUCCAGAAUAGCUUUGACACAGCAGAGAUUCACGUUGGGCAAGGCUCUUCUUGCUUUGCAGCUUUUUCCUGCCCCGAGUCAGAUCACCAGAAUCUGGUUGACUUCCUUUGUUUUGCAGCUGGAUUGGCAGUUUAGCGCAUGGACUAGAUGUUCAGGUCCAAGUGUGCUUGUUCUUGGUUCUCAGCACAACAGGAAGUUCAACGUUUCAAGCACCUAGGCUGAUAUCACCAGAUCAACUAAUAUGUUUAAACUCUGCUUCUUCAGUCAAUGUGUACACACCAAAAAGGAACCAAUUCAUAGUCCCUGCAGCAACUUCUACAACAAAGAGUAUCCUCAGCUUCUUGCCAUCUGGACGGUGCUGCUGCGUAAACAGCUUGGAAAUGCCAUCCCAUUUGGCUGAGACAACUUUCAAACUAGUGUUAGCAGAGAAGGCAGACGUGGCACACAAUAACAUGACAAAUGAAUGAAGUUGAACUAAACUCAUUCUCAGACUGUGGAUGUGGACACUCUGAGGACAUGGCUGGAGCAUCACCAUGGGUUUG